AAGGCGCCAGAUGGGCGUGUGUGUCGGGCGACUGAAGGCAGGUAGCGAUUCGCUAGCGGGGGUCACUGACUCCUAAAGGCCGACGGAAUGGGUGCGUCCUGCAGUGCGGCUGGGCUGCGGUGACGGCGAUGGAGGCGCCAAACGACACAUUGCGGGGGUCUGGCGCGGCGCAGGGGCUGCCCAACUGCACGCCGCCCGCCAUCGACGACUUCCCGCGCGACCUCUUCUCGGAGCAGCAGCGCCAGGAGGGCGCCGUCGUGCUGCACGUGCUCGCCUCGCUCUACCUGUUCGUCGCGCUCGCCGUCGUCUGCGACAGGUACUUCGUGCCCGCCGUCGAGCGUAUCUGCCAAGCACUGAACAUGUCGAACGACGUGGCGGGCGCCACGUUCAUGGCGGCGGCGACAUCGGCGCCGGAGCUGUUCGUGAACGUGAUCGGCACGUUCAUCACGGAGGGCGACAUCGGCGUCGGCACGAUCGUGGGCAGCGCCGUCUUCAACAUCCUCGCUGUGGCCGCCUGCUGCGGGCUGGGCGCCGGCAUCGUGGUGCCUCUGGACUGGUGGCCCCUGACGAGGGACUGCCUGGCGUACGGCGUGACGGUGUCGCUGAUGAUCUGCAUCAUCCACGACGAGCGCGUCGAGUGGUACGAGGCGCUCACCCUGGUGCUGCUCUACAUCGUCUACAUCGCAGUGAUGUACUGGGACAAGUCGAUACAGCGGUGCACCCGGGGCAAGAAGAGGAUGGCGUCGCGGGCCAACUCCAACCGCAAGGCCUCUGUGGACAAUGUGGAGGCUGGAGAGACGAGGCUACCACUCCAGGACGCCUCGGCAGCGGACGCCAACGCCUCCACUGUGGGGCCCGAGACGGCUGCGCAACAGCUCAACGGCAGCAUCAAGCUGGCUGCGGGGGCGGGAGCGGAUGGCCAGGGAAACCCUGAUGUCCCAGGGGACCAGCAGGACAACGACUGCACCGAGAACGAAGUGGCGGCGGCGGUGGAGGACGCGCUGCGCUGGCCGGGCUCGCCCCCGCACACGUGGUACCGCCGGCUGGCCUGGGUGCUCGUGUGGCCCAUCCACCUGGUCUUCACCGCCACCAUCCCGGACUGCGAGAAGCCGCGCUUCAAGCGCUGGUUCCCGCUCACCUUCCUCAUGUGCAUCAUCUGGAUCGGCAGCCUCUCCUACGUCGUCGCCUGGAUGAUCACCAUCAUAGGAGACACGCUGAAGAUUCCAGACUCUGUGAUGGGCAUCACGUUCCUGGCGGCUGGAACCAGCGUUCCAGAGGCGGUCUCCAGCGUGAUCGUCGCUAAGCAAGGCCACGGCUCGAUGGGCAUCAGCAACUCGAUCGGCUCCAACACUUUCGACAUCCUGCUGUGCCUGGGCCUGCCGUGGCUCAUCAAGGCGAGCUUCCUGCCCACCACUGAGGGCCGGCACUACGUGGGCAUCAACUCGCGUGGCCUCGAGUACUCGGCCAUCUCGCUGCUCUCCACGCUCUUCAUGCUCUACGCCGCCUUCUCCCUCAACAAAUUUCGACUGGACAAGCGGGUGGGUCGGGCCUGCCUGCUCAUGUACGCCAUGUUCCUCGUGCUGGCCACCCUCAUUGAACUCAAUGUCUUCUUCAUGGUCAACCUGCCCACAUGUGGCCGAUGACUUCGCCAUCAGUAUGCCAACUUUCCUUCAAGCUCAUGGAGUCACAUAGGCUACAUAAAGGGGGCAAGGCACAUCGCGAAAGUACACCUUGGUAGCAUCUAUGGGAAAUAUGUUAAUUUGCAAUGAGCAUCAGGUCUCUAGUUUUUACUUAUUAAAUUUCCUAGAUAAUGAUACACUCUUCUCUCCAUUUCUCCUCUCUUUCCCUCCUCUUUCUUUCACAAAAAUGUGCACCUGCAUGUGCACACACACACACACACACACACACACACACACACACACACACACACACACACACACACACACACACACACACACACUUUAUCUAUUCUGCCAUGACUUAAUUUUAUACUAAACAUACACAUUAUAAAAACAUAAGAAUAAUGACUCAACUGUUCCCUGCUGCUGCAAAAGUUAGAAAAGUUACAAAUCAAAGUACUCUCCUGUACACUUGCUCCCCCCCCCCCCCCCCUGCACACACUUAAUAUCAAAGUGAGUACAAAAAAGUAACUUUCAUUAAUGAAAUAAAAAAAUUUUCUCCAAACAAGAGAUUUGUUAUCUACAAUUGCUCGUAUCCAUCUCAAAGACUCAUAAUGAUUACUCCUUGUUAGAACCUUAAUAUUUGCUGCCUCCUGCACUCAUACUUCCUCACAUACUACUUUCUUCUUGUACUUUAUUUAGAGUAUCACAAAAUAGUCAUAUCAAUGGAAAGAAGAAUAACUACCAAUAAAAUUCUUAUUUUGAAUAAGUAUUUAUGUAACUUAGCACUGUGUAAGAUAAGCAAUAUUUUUGUAAGUUGUUGCAUGUCAUACAAGUGCCUUCCAAAUCUUUAUAUGUCAUCACUUAUUAUAUUUUUCUGUAAACAAACAAAUUAACUAGCAGAGUUCCUAAACUCUUUAUUUUUUAUAAGAAGAUAUACCAAUUACAAAAAGUCUUUACUGUUACAAGAGUUUAUUUGGCAUUGCAGUGUUUACAGUCAAGGUACGAUGAGUGUUAGUUUGUGCCAUAUUUAUUCUUUUGUUUAUCGUAGGAAGCAGUGAUUUCACAUUAUUACAAAAUAUCUGUCACAUUUUAUUACAGUCACACUAGUAUUGAAUAUUUACUUGUUCUCUUCAUCAUUUUCCAUCCACUUAAUAGUUUCAUCCAUUUUUAAUUCAAUAGUUCAAUGAUCAUUUGCUCAUUUUCAAAUAAAAGUAGUUUAAGUGUUUGAAAUGGAACUGUUAAAAUAUUUAUUUGUUUUUGUGUAUUUUGAUGUACUGUUCCAAUCUUGAAUACUCUACACAUAUGACACUUAUAAAAGAUACUGCAUUCCAUGUGAAUCACGUGCUCUGAGAUUUUGUGUAAUGAAAUAUUUGUACUAGUAGAGAGUAUUUAAACUUUCUUUAUUUAGGUAGGAGUAUUAUAUUGAAAAAAAGAAUACACAAAAGACCAAGAAAAACAAUGAAAUCAAACAUGCUCCAGGCCUUAUGAAAGUUAAUUGUCUCAGUAAGUAUAAACUGAAAAUUUAUCACAACAGAUCAGAUAAUAUUGAAUAAUGUGAAUUUGCUGCAGUUGUUGAAUGGACAGGAACCUCAGACAUUCAUCAGAUAUUCGUGCGACUGAGAGUGAGACUGACACUGAAUGUUAUAUGACACCCAUUUUUUCAGUGCGAAUGAAUGAACUGUGAAAUACUGAAAAUGAUGGUAUUGUUAGUUAAUUAUUUCAUGUCAGCUUUGACAUACUAUGUUUGUGUUUGAUUUAUUAAAUUCAAUUAUUGUUAAUCUGUGAAGUUAAAAUAAUGUUUCAUUAAAAACAUAUGUUAUUAGUGUUAUUCCUAUCUACUGUUUUGAUAUUGUAGGUCUUUAAUUUAUAACAAUUUACCAUUGAUCACAUUCCACAUAUGAUUUCAUUAGAAAAGCCACUUUCAAUCAUUUUGUUUUAAUAAUUGCUAAAAAUUAUGAUAAUAUUAACCAUUUGCUUCCAGUUAUUUUCAUACAACAUAUCGUGAUCUACCACAACUUAUUCUCAUUUGACGAUUUACUUCUACAUACAUCAUUCCUCAUAAUAAGCAGCUGUCAACUAGAGACAUGUAAAUAAAAAUGAUGUCAUUAUCUAUGCUUUAACAUAAAUUUACUGAUACAAAGAAAAUUUACUUAAAUUACUUCAUAAUAUAACUUGCCAUUAUUAUAUAAUAAGUAUGAGGCAGUCUUGAAUCAAAACAGAGUAGUUUAGGUUCGACUGCCAGUAUAGUUCUAAAAGCUAAUUUUAAUGUUAUUGUAUAUUUUUUGUUUUGUUUCUUAGUUAAAUAGUUCACUCUAUAAUUGCAAUAGAAUUUUUAGUUUGGUAUAAGAGCAGCAGGCAAAAGCCAGCUGUUUCAAGUAUUCUCAAAUAUAGGUGCUACAAGUUUUAUCAUUGUACUGGAACUUGUACAUAACUGUGAAUAGAGAAACAUAUGAGAGAUAAAUAUGUAUAUUUUUGUUUCAUGAUUUCGAAAUAUAUGUGAAAUGUAUUUUAUUAAUUAAA